AUGUUCUAUCUGCUUCUAGGCACCACUCUCUUUGCAUGGACUCUCUACAGUCUCAAGGGCUUGAUCCAAAAUAUCAAAAGUGUCCGGAAACUGAACAUCCCUUACCAUGUUCUCCCUGCCAGUCCCGUCAACCCGCUCUGGAUCGUCCUCGAGCCGGUAAUUUACUUCAUUUUGGAUCGUCUUCCAUUUGAAUUUGGUCGAGUCAGACAUUAUGGCCGACGCAGCUGGCAGUUUGGCGACCGAGCACAGUCGCAUCUGCGCAUGGGCGACGCGUGGGCGCUGGCCACCUCAUCCGAGGUCUUCGUCUAUGUGUGCGAUGCGGAGGCAAUCACCCAAAUCAUAAAUCGCCGUGCAGUAUUCACACGCCCAGUCGAGCUCUAUAAGACGUUGGACGUAUUUGGUCCAAAUGUGGCAACGACCCUCGGGGCCGACUGGCAGCGUCACCGCAAGAUCGUGGCCGCACCGUUCAAUGAAGGCAUCAACAGUCUUGUCUGGGACGAGGCUGCCUCGCAAGCCCAGGCUCUGCUUGCAUCGGCCGGAUCGGCCCCAGCCGGCGGGCUGGGCACCAACAUCCGCACCUUGGCUCUCAACGUCCUUGCAGCCACGGGGUUCAAGCGCCCGCAAUCCUCCCACGGCUCCCAGGAGGACCGAUCCCAGGAAGCUCGCUCGUAUGGCGAGUCGCUUAAUCUCGUGAUGGAAAAUUCUUUCUCGAUCAUGCUAAUCCCCCCGUGGAUCCUGAAACUCCCUGUGCUGCCCAGCUGGUGUCGACGGGUCGGAGAGGCGGUCGAGAUUUUCAAGCAGCAUAUGCUGACCAUGUUUAACGUGGAGAAAUCGCUGCUGGAAAAAGGGGAGCCCGGCACGGGGACCCUGAUGUCCUCCCUUAUCCGCGAGUCUGAGGUCACCCGUCACAGCAACCGCAAGCCGCUUACCAUCCAUGAGAUCCUCGGGAACAUCUACGUGAUCAACUUCGCCGGACAUGACACCACUGCCAACACGAUGACAUACCUGAUGUUCUUGCUAGCUGCGUACCCGGACAUCCAGGAGUGGAUAGCCGAGGAGAUCCGGACGGCCAUACCCCGCAGCGACCAGGACUCCGUGGGCUAUAAAGCAGCGUAUCCCCGACUGAAACGCUGCCUCGCCGUAUUACUCGAAACUGUCCGCCUGUACCCGGCGAUCUUGGCCCUUCCCAAAUCCGUCGCACCAGCGCAAGCGACCCUCCACCUCCCCGAGAGUAAUCGCACCCUCGUCCUCCCGCAUGGAGCCGUCAUCCUACCUAAAUCUCCUGCGGUGGACACCACUACGAACCAGAGUAUGGAGGGUAUCCCUGCCAGCCAGGCGGAGCAACUCGCACGCGAAGAGAUUAUCGAGCCGCGACCGGGGACCUAUAUCCCUUGGUCCGCUGGAGCGCAGGUGUGCGCGGGCCAGAAGUUCGCGCAGGUCGAGACUGUGGCGGUCUUGGCUUCCCUCUUCCGCGAGCAUCGGCUCCGGGUUGUGCUUGAAGACGGAGAGGAAUUUGAGGCGGCUCAGGCGCGGCUGGUGGCCAAGACGCUGGAUACGCAUCAGCUGCUGGUGAUUCAGAUGCGGGAUCCAGAUAGUGUCAAGUUUGUCUGGGAGCAUGUGGGGUGA